UUUCAAUCAACGGCUGAGCUCACGAUGAAUCCCGUUUACCGAGCUGUUGCUUACACUGCUGAGGGCCUCCCUUUGCAAGGAGUGAGGAAUGAUGGCUUUCCAGGACAACCUGGGGGUCCUACAUUCGUUCAGCACACCAUGGUGAAUGUCAUCACUGAGCCCCCCAAGGACCAUAUCAUCUGGUCAAUUCUCAACCUUUUCUAUGGAAACCCCUGCUGCCUGGGACUGACGGCUCUCAUCUUUUCUGUCAAGGCAAGAGACCGGAAGGUGGUUGGAGAUCUGGAGGGUGCUCGGCUCUAUGGCUCCACUGCUCGCUGGCUCAACAUCUCGGCCACUGCCCUGGUCUCUUUGACGGUCUUGCUCAGUGUGAUAACUGUAGUGUUAGUUCACAAAUAA